GAGGAGCGGAGGCGAUGGGCGGAGGAACGGAGGCGGGCGAAGGCAAUGGGCGGAGGAGCGGAGGCGAUGGGCGGAGGAGAGGAGGCGGGCGGAGGAGCGGAGGCGGGCAGAGGAGCGGAGGCGGGCGGAAGCGAUCGGAUGAGCGGAGGCAGGCGGAGGCGAUCGGAGGAGUGGAGGCGGGCGGAGGAGCGGAGGUGGGAGGAGGUGGGAGGAGGAGCGGAGGCGGGCGGAGGCGAUCGGAGCAGUGGAGGUGGGCGGAGGAGCGAUGGGAGGAGCGGAGGCGAUGGGCGGAGGAGCGGAGGAGCGGAGGCGAUCAGAGGAGCGGAGGCGAUGGGCGGAGGAGCGGGGGAGCGGAGGCGAUGGGCAGAGGCGCGGAGGAGAGGAGGCAUGGAGGAGCGGAGGCGCGCGGAGGAGUGGAGGUCGGGCGGAGGCAAUGGACGGAGGAGCGGAGGAGCGCGGCGGAGCGGAGGCGGGCGGAGGAGCGGAGGCGCGCGGAGGAGCGGAGGCGAUGGGCGGAGGAGCGGAGGCGGGCGGAGGAGCUGAGGCGAUGGGCGGAGGAGUGGAGGCGAGCGAAGGAGAGGAGGCGGGCAAAGGCAAUGGGCGAAGGAGCGGAGGCGGGCGGAGGAGCGGAGGCGAUGGGCGGAGGAGCGGAGGCGAUGGGAGGAGAGGAGGUGGGUGGAAGAGUGAUGGGAGGAGCGGAGGCGAUGGGUGGAGGAGCGGAGGCAGGCAGGGUGAUGAGCGGCGCGAAGGAGCGGAGGCGAUGGGCGGAGCGGAGAAGCGGAGGCGGGCAGAGGAGCCGAGGCGAUGGGCGGAGGUUGGCGGAGGAGCGGAGGAGCGGAGGCGAUGGGCGGCGGAGGUUGGCGGAGAGGGCGGCGGAGGUUGGCGGAGCGGGAGGCGAUGGGCAGCGGAGGUUGGCGAAGCGGGCGGCGGAGGUUGGUGGAGCGGGCGGUGGAGGUUGGCGGAGAGGGAGGCGAUGGGCGGAGGAGGUUGGCGGAGCAGGAGGCGAUGAGCGGCGGAGGUUGGUGGAGCGGGCGGCGGAGGUUGACGAUGGGCGGCGGAGGUUGGUGGAGCGGGGGGCGGAGGUUGACGAUGGGCGGCGGAGGUUGACGAUGGGCGGCGGAGGUUGGCAGAGCGGGAGUCGAGUGGGCGGAGGCGAUGGGCGGCGAAGGUUGGCGGAGUGGGAGGCGAGUGGGGGGCGGCGAUAGGCGGCGGAGGUUGGCGGAGCGGGAGGCGAGUGGGCGGAGGCGAUGGGCGGCGGAGGUUGGCGGAGCGAGGGGCAAGUGGGCGGAGGCGAUGGGUGGCAGAGGUUGGCGGAGCAGGAGGCGAGUGGGUGGAGGCGAUGGGCGGCGGAGGUUGGCCGAGCGGGAGGUGCAAUACCCAUGCAAUUGGCCUGAACGCAAUGAACAUGUUCUCUUUUCCAACCGAGUUCAAAACCCAACAUCCAAUUGAAAAAAUAAAAAAUAAAUAAAUUGUGCGUCAAAGA